AAAAAUUCCGUACGUAGAUUCCUCAACUCCACUACUUUACGCACCCCUCCAUGCCACCUCGACCCCCACCGUAAUCUACCGCCCACUAUGGCCGCCGUCAAUAAACUGGUCAAAGAAGCCAUCAAACUCAGCCGUCAGCUAUCACCACGCACCGUCGGCUCCCGUAAUGCACACUUCGAUAUCGUGAAUCAGGAUUUCGCGCAAAGCACGCUGGAUGCUCUGAAGCUCGAAGACACCCACAAGAAUGCCCACGUCAUUGACAUGAACCCAGGCCUCGGCCUGUGGUCCCAGGCCAUCUAUGACCGCCUCCAACCGAAAUCGUACACCCUCCUCGAGCCCAACGAUAGCUACCGCGAGCACCUCAAAACGCUGAAGCCCGAGUAUCCGAGGAUGUCGGUGGUCGGGUUGGACGGCUACGAGUGGGACACCUACACAAAACUUUUCGAAGCGACCCAGUUCCCGGAACCAGCGUUCGAGCCCGGCUUCCAACCCCCACAGUACAAAACUGUGCCGCCCGAAGAAGGACUUAAUACCGAUCUCCUGUUCGUCGGAAACCUCACCCGGAUCUCCUCCUCCCAGCGGCUGAUAUCGCAGCUGAUCGAGACCUGCCUCCUCGGCGGCUGGGUUCAGCGCUUUGGCCGCGUCCGCUUCGUUCUCUGGAUGACGAGCAUAGACAAAGAGCGGCUGCUCCCCCACGCGCUACAGGGUCGUGCACGCGCUUCGGUCGUCACUGACGCUGCAGCCGAAGUCACUGAAGUUGUUGGGGGUGCCCACCGCACUGGCAGGGGCUUCUCGACGCCGCAAUGGGAAGGGGACGUGCCGAAAAAGCGCACACACAAACGUGUACUCAAGUCCAAUACGCUCAAACUGAAGGCUGAAGUCGACAAGGUGGAGUUGAGCUACACAAAAUGGCAGGAGCAGUGCAAGCUCAACCCAUUAGCCCGAACGCUCUGUCGAGGCCCCGCGAUUGUGGAGAGAUACAGACGCGCCAUCCGCGUUUUCCUGGCACACGUCAAGCAGGAGAUCUACAUCGAUGGGCCGGAGGGGACGUAUGCGCAGUAUGAUUUGCCGAAGCUACUCGAGAUGUAUAACGAGGUGGAUAUCGAGGCGAUGAAAGACAAGCGGGCGGAGGGCUUGACGGAGGAGGAACACGAGAGCUAUACCGAGUUCGAGGAGCAGUAUUUGCUUUCGAUGACACUCGACCGCGCAAAGGAGAACUCCCUGAUCGACGAGAAGUACGCUCACUCGCUCCAACCCCCUCUCCUACAGGCAUGGCACCCGCGGAAUAUAUCACCCAUCGUCCCGUCCGAGAAGGAUGUAUACCCGCCCAAGAAACUCAAUUUGCUCGACUUCCAGCCGAAACUCGCCCACGAGUACUUCCGGCACCCGGAUCCUACCGUUAGAGACCAGCGAGUGCGGAUAUUUACGUGGAUCGUACGGACGUGCUUUGGGCUCAGGGCACAGAGUCUCAAGACUGUACUCAAGAACCUGGCACCCGGUGGGGAGUAUAUCCUCGAAGAACUGCCAGGAGAGAUGUCGAAGACUUUGGGGAAGAAGAGGGUGCGAUGCCUGACGGUCGACGAGCUCGUCGAGAUCACGGCGGCGUGUGAGAGGUGGCCUUUCAAGCCGGUGGAUCUGGGAUUCGGCGGUUACAACCGGUCCAUCACUGCAGAGAAGCACAUGAAGUUUAAGCUGGAGUGAGUGGUUGGGUGGAUUGUAUAUUGGAUGUGGGUGUAUUUGAUGGCUGUUUGUAUGAGUGAUGGAUACCUAGAACUCCUCAAUGUAUGUAUGAGUAUUGUGUUGCCUGUAUUUAUGGUAUGGCAUUCGCU